CCCUUCGUCCUUGAUUCUCGUUUGAGAAUCCGUUACGGUCAAUCGUUCAUUAUCAAUUUUACUCCCUUGGAUUGGUUCAAUCAACGGUUUCGUCCGAUCGGCUGUAGAAAUUUUCGGGACUCUUCCCAGUCCACCCCCCCGAACCAGAGCUCAUGCAUCAGACUUUGAACAUCCGAAAGCAGCUGGCGAUUGGUUUUCAUUCCCAGCAUUGUUCCAAUGUGGGUUUGUUCAGAUUAAUAUGGAUAAGGGCUGCUCGUAGAUUGGUGAUUGCUGAGUUCAUUACCAUGGUCUUCUGAUUUUAUGGGCUUCUGAAUUCGGGUCUUUGUUGUUCUUGCGAUACAUUUGAAUGUGGGGUUUAAAAUUGGAGAAAGAGAAUUGGAUUUUUUCAGCUUCGCAAUCACCCGUUUGAGAAAAUGGUAUUUGGGGUUGAUGUGGAGAAUUCAUUGAGUUGGGUAUUGGAUUGGAGACUGUUUGGGAUUGAGGGGUAGCUAGGUUGGAAAAAUACGAGCAGUAGUUGAAUUCGGUGGGGGUUUUGAGGGAUUGUCGCUUUAAUACUUGGAUUCUGUUCUUGUACCAGGAAUGUGAAGUUUGAUCACCAUGGGCUGUAUCUGUUCAAAGGGGACAGUUGUACAUGAGUAUGCUGAGAAUUGCGUGACAAACAAAGGAUCGAAAAAGAGUUCGAAGCAGGCUGUUGCUUCAUCAAGAGGAAAGGAAGUUGUAAUCGAUGUUGGUAACGGUGGCAAUGUCUCAACCGCGAAGAAUUUGGUCUCGGCUUCGUUGGCUUUGGACGAUUGGGAGAAGAAAGCAAUGGCUACUGCUAAGAAGAAUGCAAGCUCCAAUGCUGAUGUAACACGAGAAGGCACAAGGGAAGACGAGCAGAUAUCUCGGGUGUUUAGUGUUAGCAAUGGAGUUGAUGGGGCUCAGGUUGCUGCUGGAUGGCCACUCUGGUUAACGUCUGUGGCUGGGGAAGCCAUUCAAGGGUGGGUACCUCGCAAGGCAGACUCCUUUGAGAAAUUAGAAAAGAUUGGACAAGGGACCUACAGCAGUGUGUACAGAGCCCGUGAUCUUGAGACUGGAAAACUUGUUGCCCUAAAGAAGGUCAGGUUUGUUAACAAGGACCCAGAGAGUGUCCGUUUUAUGGCAAGGGAAAUUCGUAUUCUGCGCCAACUUGAUCACCCAAAUGUUAUGAAGCUAGAAGGUUUGGUCAUUCUGAGGGUGUCAGGGACAUUAUAUCUUGUCUUUGAAUACAUGGAGCAUGACCUUGCUGGACUUGUAGCUUCACCCAAAGUCAAAUUCACUGAACCACAGAUCAAGUGUUACAUGCAGCAACUGUUUUGUGGGCUUGAGCACUGCCACAGCCAUGGAGUCCUGCACCGUGACAUUAAGGGCUCAAAUCUUCUGAUUGACAAUAAUGGAAAUCUAAAGAUUGGUGAUUUUGGAUUGGCAACAUUUUUCAGCCCCAAUUCAAAGCAACCUCUAACAUUUCGUGUAGUGACUUUGUGGUAUCGACCUCCUGAGCUUCUGCUUGGUGCCACAGAUUAUGGAGUUGCUGUUGAUUUGUGGAGUGCAGGUUGCAUUCUUGCAGAACUCUAUGCCAGAAAGCCAAUUAUGCCCGGAAGAACUGAGGUAGAACAACUGCACAAGAUAUUCAAACUCUGUGGCUCACCAGCUGAAGAGUACUGGCAAAGAUCAAGGUUGCCAAAUGCAACUAUCUUCAAACCUCAACAGCCUUACAAGCGCUGUAUUGCCGAGACAUUCAAGGACUUCCCACCUUCAGCUUUAGCUCUCCUCGAUGCCCUCCUAGCAGUGGAACCAAAUGCUCGAGGGUCAGCUUCCUCUGCCCUUCAAAGUGAGUUCUUCACCACCAAACCCCUCCCCUGUGAUCCAUCAACUUUGCCCAAGUACCCACCAAGCAAGGAGCUCGAUAUGAAGAUUCGCGAUGAAAAAGCACGAAGGCAAAAAACAGCUGUCGGUAAAGGGGGGCAUGCCCAUGAAUCUAAUACCAAAGACACCAGAGAAUCCCAACUGGUGCCAACACCUGAUGGGAAUUCAGAGUUACGGCAGCGCCUUCAGGUAAUAUUUGCGUUAUAAGGCUUAGUACAGGCAAAUAGCAACUUGUUUGUUCCUUUUGUGUUAUUUGCUUCUGCCUCCUCGGCUCAUUCAGAGGCGACAGGGGCAGUAUUCUGGGCAGCCAUCUUCGUCUCCAAAGAGUGGUACGGUGUUGAGGACCAAAGAAGCUUUCAGACAUCCGGAGCUAGCUGAAUUGUCCGUGUUUUCCAAUUCAGUUGCUGUUCGAGGCAGUUCUAGGCUUGAUAUGAGCCAACAAGCAAGUAGGAAUCAACACUGGCCGGAGGAGCGUUGCAAUGCCAAAUAUGAUCAGCUCGAUUAUGCGGGAUCCUCUGUAAGCUACGACUGGCCUCACCGCUUGCACGAUGUUCCAAAGUCUUGUAGCAAGAAUGAAUCAGUGCAUGAGAAAGGAUCUACAACGGCUUAUGCUCCAAACAAUCGUCGAAACCACUACUCAGGUCCACUGCUUCAUACAGGGAGAAACGUUGAUGAAAUGCUCAAAGAGCAUGAGAAACGGAUCCAAGAUGCUGUGCGUAAAGCUCGCCUCAACAAGACAAAGAGCAAAGAUAUGUUGUGAUAAUAGAUAGACAAACUGAACUGAAUCGUUGCUGCAGAAUGUGGGAAACGCAAAACUCCAGUAGAGAAUGGUGCAGUUGUAUAUAUAUCCCAGGUAUGUAAAACAAGCUUCAUCCUAGAAAAUAUUUGAGUGAUAGAAUAUUGAAUAGUUAAGAAAUAAAUCAUAUUCAUAGGGCCUUCCUUAGAUUAUGUACAAAUCAUGGUAGCCUCGGUUGAUUAGACUGGUCAGACGCGGAUCCUUUGUGGCUUGAAGCAUCUUCUACAGAAUAAAAUGGUUUCCAUCGUUUUAUGUGAAGCCUAAUCCA